UUUCAACUCAUGCAAUGCGACAUCGACAUAGGUCACAAAGGGUAUUAUUGUCUAACAAAAGACUCGUUACUCUCUCAAACAAAGAAAACACUUGUUUUUCUUCGUUCUCCAUUAUACUUGUUUCACUAUUAUACUUGUUUCACUCCAUAAAAAUCUUACCAUUAAAAGAAACAGAUCAUGGACGGGCUUAAAGACUUCAGUCGGAUCUCUCCGGCGAUUCAGAGUCAUCUUAUGCGGGUUUAUUUCAGCUUAUUCUGUAUUCUUGCUGCGUCUGCGUUUGGAGCUUACCUUCACAUGCGCUUGAAUAUCGGUGGAACCAUUACUAAGCUUGGAUGGGUUUUAAGUUUAUUGGAGCAUGUGGUUUCUUGUCCUCCAUAUAAACAUAAAAUAAGGUUUUCACUUCUGCUUCUCUUUGGUGUUCUUCAUGGGGCUUCAGUUGGUCCAUGUAUCAAGUCCACAAUCGAUAUUGAUUCAAGCAUCCUUAUCACCGCGUUCUUAGGAACUGCGGUGAUAUUUUUCUGUUUCUCGGCAGUGGCAAUGCUGGCAAGACGCAGGGAGUAUAUCUACCUCGGAGGACUGCUUUCGUCUGGCUUUUCCUUGCUAACGUGGCUCAAGAAUUCUGAUCAGUUUGCCUCUGCGACAGUUGAGAUUCAGAUGUACCUUGGACUCCUGCUCUUCGUGGGAUGUAUAGUGGUGAACACACAGGAGAUAAUAGAGAAAGCACACUGUGGUGACAUGGACUACGCGGUACAUUCGCUGAUCCUUUACAUUGGCUUUGUACGUGUGUUCCUUCAAAUUCUCAGUAUAAUGUGGAAUACCUCUGCCGAUAGAAUAAGAAGAAAUAAUGAAGAAACUUAGGCAAAGAGUGGCAAAGAAAAUAAAACAAGACAUUUGUGGUGACAACAGUACUGUUUUUUUUUUCUUGGUGAUAUUGACCACAUUUCUGAUCCUUAAUUAUUUGAUAAACAGUUUAUAGCGAUUAAGUGGUCCAAAGUUUCAUCAUGUGAAUUGAAAAACUAGGGUGCGAACUCCUCUAGCCACAAUUGCAACUUGUGUUUAUAGUUGUUAUAGCCACAAUUGAUGCCUUAAAUUGUAAAAGUAUAUGGUUUUAUAUGAAUAUGAUUUUGUAAA